AGAGUGAGAGGCCACCAUCCACACUCCCUUCAAACCUGUCCCACCAACUCACAUCUAGAAGCUAAUUUAAGGUCACUGCCCUCUUGCUCUGUGUUCGAGUAUAAUAGUCAAAAGGCUAUAAAAACAGCUUCUAACCUACUCUUUCUCGAAGGGCCGGCCUCAAUAUUAUGUUGCUGCAACACACAAAAGAAAAAGCCAUUCUCCACCCUUAUUCUUACUACUAAAUUCUCGAUAUAAUAAUAUCUAGUGUUGAAAAACAGCAAACGUCCAGGUAUAGUAGUAGUAGUAGUAGUACUGCUAGUUUCCACUGGUUGAAGAAGGGUUUGUGUUCAAUUAUGGGAAGGUCUCCUUGUUGUGAGAAAGCUCAUACGAACAAAGGUGCAUGGACCAAGGAAGAAGAUGAUCGUCUCAUCGCUUAUAUUCGAGCCCAUGGUGAGGGCUGUUGGCGUUCACUACCUAAAGCUGCUGGCCUUCACCGUUGUGGCAAAAGUUGCAGGCUUCGUUGGAUCAACUACUUAAGACCUGACCUUAAACGUGGAAAUUUCACUGAAGAAGAAGAUGAACUCAUCAUCAAGCUGCACAGCCUACUUGGUAACAAGUGGUCUCUUAUAGCGGGGAGAUUACCAGGAAGAACUGAUAAUGAGAUAAAGAAUUACUGGAAUACACAUAUAAGGAGGAAGCUAUUGAGUCGAGGGAUUGAUCCGGCGACUCACAGACCGCUCAAUGAGGCUUCUCAGGAUGUAACAAAGAUAUCUUUCAGUGGAGUCAAAGAAGAGAAAGAGAAGCUCAGUAACCCUAAUGGAUUCAUCAAGAAAGAAGAAAAGAAAAUCUCAGUUCAAGAAAGGUGCCCAGACUUGAAUUUAGACCUCAGAAUCAGCCCCCCUUACCAUCAAACCACCCAACCAGAGCCAUUGAAAACUGAAGGAAGAACUCUUUGUUUUGUUUGCAGCUUGGGGGUUAAAAACAGCAAAGACUGCACUUGCAGCAGCAGUAUAAGCAGCAGCAGCAGCAACAGCAGUGGCUAUGAUUUCCUAGGGUUGAAUUCUGGUUUAUUGGAUUACAGAAGCCUGGAAAUGAAACACGAUAAAAGAGGGGAAAGCUUGGAUUUUUAACUGUUUAGAGAAAUGAUAUGGAGAUUGAUAUUAGUUUUAAAAAUCCCUUUCAUUUUUGUUCUCU